AUGUUUAGUCUUUUACGUUCCAAAUCGUUGGGCAAUGUUGCCAAAACUAUAAACCGCAUACUGCCUCAGCUCCGUACGUACACCUCGCCAAUGGUAAAUCAGACGCUCCAGUUGCAACAAACAGAGAUAUGUGCAGACCCGCCUACGCGUGGCCUAAUUUUGGGUGUCUACGCCGAUGAGGAGAACAAAUACGACACUGGUAUCUUGACACCGUCUGCCUGGCGCUACAAUGUGCAAAAAACUGGCGGUCGCAUGUUGGAUGUGCUGCGCAAAUCGGGCCCUAUGCCGAAGCGCGGCGAAACGCGUAUUUUAUUUGCAAUCGAACCGGAGAAGAUACCCUACUACUCAGCUGUCGCCAUUGUGGGUUUAGGUAAGGAAUGUUUAGGCUAUAAUUCAUACGAAGUAGUUGACGAACAAAAGGAAGCGAUACGAAGAUCGGUGGCAAAUGCUUGUAUGGAGCUGGCUUAUCUCGACACUUACAGCAUUGAAAUUGAAAAUUGUGGUCACGCUGAAUCGGCUGCCGAGGGUGCUGCACUGGGCAUAUGGGCGUAUCAGGAGUUAAAGGAUCCUAAGAAACGCAUUAGCAUACCCACCAUAGAUUUGUACACGCACAAGGAUGAGAUUUGUGAUAUUGAAGGUUGGCGAAUUGGUUUGCAAAAGGCGGCGGCACAAAAUCUUACCAGGCAACUACAAGAAAUGCCUUCCAAUAUGCUGACGCCCACCGCUUUUGCACAAACUGUAGUCGAAGUGCUUUGCAAGUCGGGUGUAAAUGUCGAGGUGAAAGUGGAAGGUUGGGCGGUGUCACAGUCAAUGCACGCUUUCUUGUCGGUGGGUAAGGCCUCUUGUGAGCCACCAAUUUUUCUAGAGCUGAGCUACUACGGUACAUCGGCCGAGGAGCGUCCAAUAGUUUUGGUGGGACAAGGCAUCACCUAUGACAGCGGUGGUCUUUGCUUAAAGGAGUUACAGGAAUUAGUGCAUAUGCGUGGCGACAUGACGGGUGCGGCUGUGGUAGUGGCUGCAUGUAGAGCGAUUGCGGGUCUACGUUUACCGGUGAAUAUACGAGGUUUGAUACCACUAUGUGAAAAUGUAAUUGGUUGCAACUCCUUCCGUCCCGGCGAUUGCACUAAAACUAUGAAUGGAAAAUAUAUCGAAAUUCAGGGUACAAAUCAUGAGGACGUCCUAGUGUUAGCCGAUGCGCUCUUGUACGCGCAAAAUUUUUGCCCCAAGUUUAUUGUGGAUAUUGGCACUACUUCGGGUAUGAUGCGUAACGCUUUGGAUGAAGCUGCUUGCGGCGUCUUCACUAACUCGGAAAUUCUCUGGCAACAAAUCAAACAUGCCAGCAUGCAUACUGGUGACCGAGUGUGGCGUUUUCCCUUGUGGGAGUACUAUUCGAAGUGUGUAAGAGCGGGCGGAGCGACCGAUGUGCAAAAUUAUGGUAUUGCUCGUGGUGGACGUCCAUGCAAAGCAGCUGCUUUCUUGAGAGAAUUUGUACCGUGUGGACAAUGGAUACAUAUCGAUGCCACUAACGUCAUGGUAACCAAUGGUAAAGCUUUUGAGUACAUACGCAAAGGUAUGGCGGGCAGGCCCACACGCACAUUGAUUGAAUUUAUUGCCCAGACAAUUUGUAAGGAUACGGAACCAAAAUUGAAGCAAAAGAAGUAGGCGAUCGUGAGACUACGAAAGCGCGGCAAGCUUCUGGAGCUAUAUCGUUUCGUUAAACAAUGCUACUUCUGUCAGAGACUUCUAAUACCAUUAUCAUAUAAUUUAUAUUCAAAGAACGCAAUUUUGUUAU